AAAAAGACGUCAAUCUCGGCAUGGCAGACCUGAAUAUCAACAAAGAGCAUGACACCACCGAUACCACAAACGGAGCAGAGGACUUGGCCACAGUCGUCGAUGACCUUUUGAACCAACUAUCCACAAAGUUCACCAAUAUUUCAAGUGAUCUGCUUACAAAGAUGGACGAAAUGAGUAGGCGUCUUGACAAUCUCGAGGCUUCUAUCCAAGCAUCCGCGAGACCCCAGAACGAAGAGUCAAAG